UUUCUUUUCACUCAAUGCCAUUUUUAAAGCUGAGGAAUAAUUAUUUUAAAGUGAAAUUGGGUGGGGGAGAGGUUAAGUUCCAGCUGCUCUUCAUUUAGGGCCUAUCGAAAUGUUAACAAUCAUCCAAAGGCUAUGACGCUUGGUGUGGAGUCGCUCAUGGAUGUACACGAAAAUUGGGAAUGAAGAUUUAUGGUUUCCUGCAGAAGAACAACAGCGUGGAGGAGGGCAGCAGGUUCGUGGGCUCGUUCAAGGAGCGCGCGGCCAGGAGCUUCAUGCACACGUGCGACAACAGCAGCGGAAGUGCGCGCUUCUCACGCACGGAGACGGACUUCUCCAACCUGUUUGCCAGAGAACUAUUACCCGCCAAAAAUGGAGAGGAGCCGACCAUGCAGUUCUUGCUGGAGGUGGUGGAAAUCCUCAUCAGCUACAUUCGAAAAACCUUCGAUAGGUCCACCAAGGUUCUGGACUUCCACCACCCACACCAGCUGCUAGAAGGCAUGGAGGGCUUCAAUCUGGAGCUCUCGGAGCAGCCCGAGUCCCUGGAACAGAUCUUGGUGGACUGUCGAGACACCCUCAAGUAUGGUGUGAGGACAGGUCAUCCCAGGUUUUUCAACCAGCUCUCCACUGGAUUAGACAUUAUUGGCUUGGCAGGAGAGUGGCUCACCUCCACGGCAAACACAAACAUGUUCACCUACGAGAUUGCACCUGUCUUUGUGCUGAUGGAGCAGCUGACAUUGAAAAAGAUGCGAGAAUUCAUCGGCUGGCCCGAAGGGGAGGGAGAUGGAAUAUUUUCACCAGGAGGCGCCAUCUCCAACAUGUACGGCGUCAUGAUUGCACGCUACAAGUUCUUUCCUGAGGUGAAAACCAAAGGCAUGGCAGCUGCACCUCGACUGGUCCUCUUCACAUCUGAGCAUAGCCACUACUCCAUCAAAAAAGCCAGUGCAGCGUUGGGCUUUGGAACAGAUAACUUGAUCCUGCUCAACACCGAUGAAAGGGGGAGAGUCAUUCCUGCUGAUUUGGAAGCCAAAGUAAUCGCAGCCAAACAAAAGGGCCACGUCCCCAUGUAUGUGAAUGCCACGGCCGGCACCACAGUCUACGGCGCCUUCGAUCCCAUCAAUGAAAUCGCUGACAUCUGCGAGAAAUACAACAUGUGGCUUCAUGUGGACGGUGCGUGGGGAGGAGGUUUGCUGAUGUCUAGGAAGCACAGACACAAGCUCAAUGGGGUCGAGAGGGCAAACUCAGUCACCUGGAACCCCCACAAGAUGAUGGGCGUGCCUCUGCAGUGUUCUGCCAUUCUGGUCCGAGAGAAGGGCUUACUGGAAGGCUGCAACUCCAUGUGCGCUGGCUACCUCUUUCAGCCAGACAAGCAGUACGAUGUGACGUACGACACUGGAGACAAGGCCAUUCAGUGUGGCCGCCACGUUGACAUAUUCAAGUUCUGGCUCAUGUGGAAAGCAAAGGGAACGGUUGGAUUUGAACAUCAUAUCGACAAGUGUCUGGAACUGUCAUCAUACCUUUACUACAAAAUAAAAGACAGAGAAGGCUUCGAGAUGGUGUUUAACACAGAGCCACAGCACACCAACGUAUGCUUCUGGUACCUUCCCCUGAGCCUCCGCGGCAUGCCUUCUGGUAAAGAGAGACAAGAGAGGUUGCACAAGGUGGCCCCAAAGAUCAAGGCCAUGAUGAUGGAGUCUGGCACCACAAUGGUGGGCUACCAGCCUCAAGGGGAGAAAGUCAACUUCUUCCGCAUGGUCAUUUCCAACGCAGCUGCCACCAGGUCAGAUAUCGACUUUCUGGUGGAGGAAAUCGAGAGACUCGGCUACAAUUUGUAAGAACCACACUUGCGUUGCCAAGUGCGCACGUUCCUACACACAAAAGCACUUGAAGACAGAUCUUUAGCUAUACUUGCGGAAUCCAACGAGAGCCGACACACGCACUGUAUCAAGACAUCUACUUGUAAUUUUUGGAAUAGGUUGUUGUGUUGGUUCUCGUUCCAUCGUGUACCUAAAGUUGUGGCCUGUGAUAUGUGGAGCAUACGGUGCGUUUGCGCUUAUCUAUUGAUGAGUCAGCACAAAUAAUGUCAUGUAUUCUAUGCAGAGUAGUUUAGAAAACUGAAUGAACGUAAAAACAGAGCACAACCUUAUAGCAUUGACAUAUAAGUUAUUCAUAAAGUAUCUGUACCUGUAUGUUGAUGGGCCAUGUUUAUGUCAUGUACAAAUCAAUCAGUCCCUUGGACAUCGCAUAGUUGGUCGCAUAAAGUACUACAGUAUUUACAGUAUGAUACAGUCAAUGUAAUAUCUAUUGUACUUAUUAUGGCUGUGUUUUUAGAUAUUUUCUGUGUAGAUUGUGUAUAGUAUUGUUACAAAGUAUGUGUUUUACAGUGAUGAAAGCUUAUAUGUAAAUCAACCCUACUCUAUAACAGAUGUAUCAUUUUAUUUUAACUAAGAGAAUAAUUGUGAAUAGUGAAUCAGAUAUUCCUUUCCAUGUGUAAAAUACUCUAGGUUAUAUUUGCUGUUUUAUAGAUUAACGUUUUUGGAUUUCAUCUGUCUUUGAUGUGUAUUAGUGAACCAAAGAUGCGUUGAGUUCAUUGCCCUUUGGGUCUAUUAUGGAGAAGUAUCACAUUUAUGGAAGAAUAAUUUAACUGUGCAACACCUGUCAUGCUAAUUGUGGAAAGAUGUUUUGUUGGAAGAAAAGCACAAUGCUAAAAUGAUAAUGACAACAAUUGUUUCUAAAAUUACAUGCCAGUCAGAGUCAAUAGCAACCACAACCACUCUUUCCGCGAACAACUUGAAGAGGAUUUAUCAUGCAGAAUUUAGCUUGCAGUGUUUGCUGUUAUUGUAAGAACUAAAAAAUAAUAAUAAUAAUAAUAAUUAAAAAAUAGAAACAUUCCGGACUCAGAUGAAAUGUGAAUGUAGGCACUUUAACGUCUCAUUUCUGUUAUCACUGUUGUAACUGCAGGACUAAUAAAG